CGACGUCGGCAAUCUGAACGAUUAUAAAAACAUUGAAGUUACUGACAAAUGCGUAAUUGGUUACGUGUUGUUGCACAACAAUGAUAGAAUAUUUGUUCAUAUAAUUAUACGAAGUCAUAAAAAAUAUACUUGACACAGUUUAGACUUAUUAUUUACAUAAAGUGGUUGAAACAACAGUCACUAUGGGAUGUUGCCCAAGCCUUUGCAAAGAAGACAAUGGGCCGCAGGUAUGUCAGAUGGUGACGCAGCUAACGAGAGAACACGUUUGCUGGUAAAUCCGGUCAGCAAUACACCAAAUAUCCCAACAGCUCACAGUGACGAUUAUGUUAAUCCAUAUGCGAACCCUGUCCCAAAGAAGACUGAUGAACAAAGCGCACUGAACCGAAUCUUGCAGGAAACUGCCGCCAAUGUGAUCGAUGUCGGUGCUCUCGACUCGCACAAUUUGGAACAGCACGAAUACAUGGAUAGGUCAAAAGCAUAUGCGAAAAGAAUAGAAGUUAUCGGUGUUCAAAUACCUGACCAUCCGCCAUGUCUAUUAAAAGAUAUACCAGCACCCGAAAGAGUAUUGGCUGGGGAAGGGCUGCCCCAGCAGGAUCGAGAAAUGGUUACAGAUAUGAUGAACAGUGCGGUAACCGCGUUGAGCGAGAUACAGGUGGAACAUAAAGAAGAUUUAGUCGUACCCUUCCUGUCGUGACUGCAUUUCAAUCAGAUGGAAGCUUGAGCCUAAAAUUUUAAUAUGUCUAAUGACAUUUAUAACAGCUGUAAGAAGAAAAUCAAAUUUUCUACUCGUUAAUACAUUUAAUUCUUGUUACAGAUCAAAGGUAUAGAUACUCUACUUGUUCGCCACAAAAUCUUUAUUGCAAUUCAAUUUUGACUUUUACACUUAGCAGCAAUGGAAACAUAUAUUAAUUUAGGUCAUGCUAAUUCUAUGCUUGUCAGAAACUCUCGAUACUAGAUAUAUCCCCCGAUUUUUAUUAUUAACUGGUUCUAACUUUUUUUUUUCAUUUUUUUUAGUGUAUCACCGUUGCAUCGCUAAAUAUUGUUUAUCGUGUAAUCACUCGCGAAUCGAUUCUAUGAAAACCGUAGUUUUAAAUGAUUGUAAAUAACGGUUUUCUCUCGUAACGUUUUAAAGUAUUACUCGGACGUGUUAAUAAACCAGCAUUAUGAAAUUCUUUUGAACUAUGUUUAAAAAUCCCACUUUUUGUGGAUGACAAGGUUGCAUAUUAUGCUUAUCAUAUUGUACAAAUUGGCUGACGGGAACAGUGAGACGCUAGCGCAGGCUUGAUUGGACAAUGUAUUUUGUUGAAUGACAAAUACAAAAUGUUGAAUACCCAUGGCGUUAAAAAAAGGCUUUUCAUGUGAAUAUGAUGUAAUAAAAAAUUUGUUUCAUUUGUAA